AUGAAGUUCUCUCUCGCUGCAACUACGACUCUUUUGCUAUCGACUUUUGCUUCCUUGGCUAGUGCUGACGCCUACGCUGAUGCCAUUGCCGAGUGGUGUAAUGGCUUGAAUGUGACCGCACCCACCAACGAGACUGUAGUUGUUGCUGGUAGCAAUGCCACUAUCACUGUUACUCGCGAACCCAAUGACCACCAAAAGACCAUCACUGGCCUCGAUUUGUACUCGGUGAUGCCUAAUGGUACCGCCCAAUAUGUUCAAAACGUGUGGGCAGGCGAAUUUGAAUUGAACAAGCAAGCCAGUAUUAAUGACACGAUGCCCUCCAAUGCCACGGCUGGUCUCUACUACUAUCGCGUGUGGGUGACCAACCAAAUCAACGGCAUGCAUGGUCCUGAUUGUCUUGAAACUUCAGACACUUUCAAGGUGACUUCGGGUGUGCAUCAAGAUGCUGCUGGUAUCAGUUAUUACACCGAGUCGUUGAAUGAUGUUCAAUUCUAUCACCCUGAAUACUUUAAGGGCUGCUUUGGUCUUCAAGUGACCCAACCCAGCAAAGAUAGCACUGUCCAACUUGGCAAGCACGUCUCCAUUACUGCCAAGCGUGAUCGUAACACCGCACAAACCGGUCUUGUCAAGCAAGUGGAUUUGUACAAGGCUUCCUCUGAUGAUAAGAACAAGGCCGAAUUUGUUGACACCGUGUGGACUGGCAACACUCGCUUCACCAAUGACUUUACGCUCUCGGACCAUUUUGUCCUUGAUGAUGAACAUAUCGAUCAUGAUGCUACCUAUUAUUACACUCUCACCGUUGCAUCCAACAAGAACUCGGAUGAAGAUUGUACUUUCCAUUCUGAAGGCUUCAAGAUCAGCGCCUAA